CUGUCUAACCAUCUCAUACUUUGCCGCCCCCUUCUUCUUUGACCUUCAGUCUUUACCUCCGAGGACAAAGGCAGGAGUCCAGGGCAGCAUGCAUCGUCCUCCCUUCCGUUCUGUCAUCACAACAGCCCUAUAAGGUUGGUGAGAAUCCUCCAGCUGCCUUCUCCUGACAGGCAGUUCCGGGAAAGGAAACACCCAGUGAACUAAUAAAAAGAAAAGGGCUCAUUACGUUUCAGGAAGAAAGAAACAGAAAUGGCAACAGAGCGUCUCCUCGGGGAGUUUUGUGAGGAAACAACUUGUUCAAUUUGCCUGGAAUACUUCAAAGAUCCAGUGAUUUUAGACUGCGGGCACAAUUUCUGCCAAGCCUGCCUCACCCAGUGCGGGGCGGAGUCGGGCACGGGUGCUUGCUGCCCACAGUGCCGAGAGGUUUUCCAGCAAAAGAACUUCAGGCCAAACCGGCAGCUGGCGAACCUUGUGGAACUUGUCAAGAAACUUGAGGUGGGGAAAAGGGCAAUGGGGAGGAAGUGGGAAGUGUGUGAGCAGCACCAGGAGGCCCUGAAACUCUUCUGCAAGGAGGAUCAAACUCGCAUCUGCUGGUUAUGUGACAGAUCCAAGGAGCACAAGGAGCACAACACCGUUCUGCUGGAUGAGGCAGUCCAAGAGUACAAGGAAAGAAUCAAGGCUCAGCAGGGGUCUCUGGAGAAAGAAAGAAACAAUCUUGUGGUCUGGAAACUGGCAGAAGAGUGGGAAAGCCAAGAAUGUCUGACCCAGGUAAGAACGAUGGUGAGGGAGACAAAGCGCACCUUUGAGCAAAUGCGCAGGUUUCUGGAAGAAAAGGAGUGCCUCCGGCUGUCCCAGCUAAGAGAUCUGGAGAAAGAGAUGGAGGACAGGCACGAAGAACAUGUCAGAAGACUCUCUGAGGACAUUUCUCAUCUCUGUAGUCUGAUUGCAGAGAUGGAGGGGAAGUGUCAGCAGCCGGCAGAUGAAUUCUUGCAGGAUAUCAAAAGUACCUGGAGCAGGUAUGUGGUUCUUUCUGAACUCCUCCUUGUGUCUUCCAUCUAA